GAACUCACACAGUCAGACAGGUGUGUGUAUGCUCAGUUGUUGUGAAUGUGUUUCGGAGAAGAAAAUAGAGGGAUUUGGCAAUUUGAACAAACCUGAAAGCUUUCUGAAGACGGAUAUGGAUAUUCCGGACAGUUCCCAUGGGAAUAUGGGGCUGUUGAGGACCUUUGAUUCUACUGAGUUUGGCAGCUGGGAAAAGAUAGGCUCCGGCGGUUUUGGACAAGUAUACAAAGUCCGGCAUGUUCAGUGGAAAACAUGGCUGGCUGUGAAGUGCCCUCCAUGCCCCUAUGUAGAUGACAAGGAGCGCGCAGAGCUGCUGGAGGAGGCCAGGAAGAUGGAAGCGGCCAAGUUCCGCUACAUCCUGCCCGUGUACGGGAUCUGCGGCCUGUCCCAGGGGCUGGUGAUGGAGUACAUGGAGACGGGCUCGCUGGAGACCCUGCUGGUGGCCGAGCCCCUCCCCUGGGAGCUGCGCUUCCGCAUCAUCCACGAGACGGCCGUGGGGAUGAACUUCCUGCACUGCAUGAACCCUCCUCUCCUGCAUCUGGACCUGAAGCCGGCCAACAUCCUGCUGGACGCCCACUACCACGUCAAGAUCUCCGAUUUUGGCCUGGCCCGGUGGAAUGGGCUCUCCAGGGCGGAUGACAUCAGCCGUGACGGGUUCUGUGGCACCAUCGCAUACCUGCCCCCCGAGAGCAUCAUCGAGAAGGACAGGGUGUCAGACACCAAACACGACGUCUACAGCUUCUCCAUCGUCAUCUGGGGGAUUCUCACGCAGAAGAAGCCAUACCAAGGAGAUAACAACAUCUUGCAGAUCAUGGUGAAGGUGGUGCGAGGGGGCCGGCCCGACCUCGGGGCCGUGCCUCGGUGUCGACCCCAGGCCUGCUCCGAGUUCCUGAACCUGAUGCAGCGCUGCUGGGCCAACACGCCUGACGCCCGGCCCAGCUUCCAAGAAAUCACUUCAGAAGCAGAGGAACUUUGUUCGAAGCCCCAGGAGGAAAGCAAAACUCAGUCACACGAGCAAGAGAAGAACCAGUCCAAUGGGCACAUCACCAGCCAGCAGGCCACAGACCAGAAGCCAGUUAGACCCAAGUCAGCCAUGUUGCCAGAAAAAGACUACAGCCUGUCAGAGCUGUUGAGCCAGGUGGAUUCUGGGAUAUCCCGGAGUUUUGACCGUGUGAAGGAGGACGGCUGUGCCAGUAAAGACAACACCGGCAAGAGACUGUCGGGAAUCUCCUCUAUCGACUCUGCCUUCUCCUCUCAGGACUCCAUCACCCUCUCCUUUGAGAAAGAAAGCACAUAUGACUCGGCGGAGGUGCAGAGGAGGAAGCUGUGCGAGGCCAUCAGGACCAAGGACAUCGCUAAGCUGAUGAAGAUCCUCCAGCCCCAGGAUGUGGACCUGCUGCUGGACGGAGGAGCCAGCCUGCUCCACCACGCCGUGGCUCUGGCCAACGAGGAAGCCGUCAAGUUCCUCCUCCUCAACAACGCCAACCCGAACCUAGCCAACGCCCGCGGCUCCACUCCCCUCCACCUGGCCACCGAGAAGCACCUGAAGGCCCUGGUCGAGCUGCUCCUGGGCCGCCGGGGCACCAACGUCAACGCCAAGGACGAAGACCAGUACACGGCGCUGCACUGCUCGGCCCAGAACGGAGACGAGGCCAUCACGCGCCUCCUGCUCGACCGCGGCGCCGCCAUCAACGAGACGGACGCCCAGGGCCGCACGCCGGCCCACGUGGCCUGCCACCACGGCCAGGAGAACGUGGUGAGGGUGCUGCUCAGCCGCGGGGCCGACGUGCGCGUCAAGGGCCGGGAUCAUUGGACGGCCCUCCACCUGGCGGCCUGGCAGGGCCACCUGGGCAUCGUCAAGUUGCUGGUCAAGCAGGCGCGAGCCGAUCUGGACGGGCAGACCACGGACGGGCGAACGCCCCUGCAUCUGGCGUCCCAGAGGGGGCAGUACAGGGUGGCGCGGAUCCUGAUCGAGCUGGGCGCCGACGUCCACGUGACCUCCUCCGGGCUCAACACGCCCCUGCACGUGGCCGCGGAAACGGGCCACACGAGCACGUCACGCCUCCUGGUCAAGCACGGGGCGGACAUCCAGGCCCGCAACGCCCAGGGUCUUACUGCCCUCCACCUCGCCGCCCAGCACGGACACCUGCCCACUGUCAAGAUGCUGAUAGAAGAACAGGCAGACGCCGACUGCACCAACCAGGCACUACGUACACCCUGCCACCUGGCAGCAGAGGGCGGGCACUGUGAGGUCGUCAAGGAGCUCCUACUCCAUUGUCCGGAAGGUGCCAGCCUCACGGACGAGCAGGGCCUCACCCCCUUACACCUGGCCGUGAAGGGAGGCUACACGGACAUCAUCACCAUGCUGCUAGCACAGGGGGUGGAGCUUCCGCAGGACUGCCACGACUCCAUUUCCCAGAGUGCAGGGCAGCCAGUGGAGGACGGACCCACGCCCCAGGUAGCCAACCGUUUCCAGAGGAAAGUUGUGAUCCUCAAACUGACAGAGCAGGACAGUCCUGGACACGGUCGUCCAGAGUCCGCUGACUCUCUGUGUAACUUGGCUCCCUGCUGAGGGGACAGCUGACCAUCGGACUUGAGGUCACUCUGGAUUGUACAGACUUGUCUUUAAAACCUGACUUUAGAAUCUCCCAUUCGAUCCCAAUGGAUGACAUGGGGAAUGUAGAGUGGAGAGAAUGAAGAGAACUGUUUUUGUACAUAUUUUUUUUAUUGUUUUUAUUUCAGACGGGUGUCAUCACUGGCGGAUGGUAUAAUUCUUUGGUGCUGUGGACUUAAAAGCCACUGUUAUCUGUAGAAUUGUCACAGAAGGAGUACUUGUAUGUAAUAUAUGUGUACACUGUAUAUGGAAAUGUCUCUUAAGCCUUAAAAUAGACCACAUAGACCAAUCUUUCAGGUUACAGUUAGAUUCCAUGUCAUGUUUAUUCCUGUUCAACUUUGCAUAAGCUGAAGGCAUUAUGCCCAAUUCUUGUAUUCAUAAAUAGGAUAAUGUCAUAACCUGUUGAUGAUCAUUUGUAUUUUCCUAUUCCAUAACAUUUUGUAGCAGAUUUGUAAAAAUGUCCAUAAGUUAUAUUCUCAAAUGAAAUUAAAAAAACUAUGCCAGUA